GCAUCAAUUCGCUUUGGACGCCCGACUGAAGACUGCCCAGUGUGUUUCAGCCAGUGUGUUACGAAUUGAGGGCUCUGAUCUUGGCCGCCACGACAAGUCUACAAUUCAAUUCAUUUAAGUUUUCCAAACACAGCUAGGCAGCGAAUCCUAUUAUCAAUACGAAAAAGCGUACGAAGUUUCAACUUAUGUAGAUAUAGGUUUUACAGAACAGCUCGAUCUACUCUCGUUUACGUAAAUAUGGCCACUUUAUCUCAUAAGGGAUGUAGUAGGCAGUUCCGCAUAUCCAUCGUUUUAUUUGUUGUGGGUUUUAUUACGAUCAUCUAUCUUCACAAAAAUGAGUUUCUAAUAACAUCUACUUAUAAAUCUGAAACAACGUCUACUCGUCAAUCUGAAACAACGUCUACUCGUCAAUCUGAAACAACGUCUACUCGUCAAUCUGAAACAACGCCUACUCGUCAAUCUGCAACAACGUCUACUCGUCAACCUGAAACAACGUCUACUCAUCAACUUGGAACAACUUCUACUAAUGAAUCUGAAACAGUGUCUACUUAUAAAUCUGAAACAACGUCUACCAUUUCAAUAAAUAUAACAUCGUCUCCAUUACGAACAGGUAAAAUAGUUCUUUUGUUUUGGAGUAAAUAUUUUGGUGGUUCACCCUCAUUUUUUGAAGUAAACCUGCCGAAAGGUGACAAAGAAGGCGAGUGUCCUGUGGCCUGUGAGGUUACAUCAGACCAUCAGCGAGCUAAAGACGCAAAUGGAUUUAUUGUACAUUCAAGAGAUCCAUAUCCUCUACCUCCAUCAAAAGAUGUUCCCUGGAUCCUAACGGGUCUGGAAAAUCCUGUUUAUACUCCUGUACUUUCUGACGGCAACUAUAUGUCACAGUUUCAAUUGUCGAGAAGCUAUCGACUUGAUUCUGAUUUUCCUACACCACUCUUCACAAAGCCAAAUUUAGAUCCACCGGUUCCGUUUGAGAAAAGAACGGGAGGAAUAAUUGCUACUUUUUCCCACUGCGAACCUGUCAGGACAGCGUAUCUAAGACAUCUCAUGAAACAUGUUCAUGUAGAUUCCUAUGGUGGAUGUUUACAUAAUAAAGAUGGUAUGGUAGGACGCUGGGCACCAAACCAUAUAGAAUCAAAACAAGAUGUGGAAAAAUCAUACAAGUUUGUUAUUGUGUUUUUUAACCAAGAUUGUGAUUACUAUGUUGAUGAAAAAAUUCUCAAUGCACUUAACGUAGGUGCAAUACCUGUGGUGAUGAGCACGGAUAAAAUUUAUGAUUUUUUGCCUGGAAAUCUGAAAAAUGCCAUUAUCAAUGUCCGAGAUUUUAAGUCUCCCAAAGAAUUGGCGGAGCGACUUAAGUUUCUAAUGAACAACAAGAUUGAGUAUAACAAGUUCUUGGAAUGGAAAGUAAAAGGUUUAGGUCAUAUUAACGACACUGUGAUUGGAAGAUAUUGGGAAAGUAAAUUUAGACAAUGGUGUUAUGUGUGCCAGGGAGUAGCGGAUGGAAAAGGGCACAAAGAAGGUCUUAAACCUGACUUUUGUAAACCAAGAGACUAUAAAGACUUGGGAAUUACACCGUAGUGACCUUGGUACACAUGACGGACUGGUCGAAAAACUGAAAUAUUUUUCACACGGAACACGCAAGUAGAAGGUGUUUAUUAAGUGGCUGUCGAGUGCAAGUAUUUUAUGAAGGAAAUCAAUUUUUUGACCCGCAUUAAUACUUUCCGUAUCAAACAUUUGAAGAUGAAUGAAAUUAUAGAAACAAUUUACUGUAUGUAAAUGAUAUGUACCGAGUUAGUAAGGAAUUAAACUGUUUGAUAUCUGCA